UUUGGUUUACUUCCGAAUCGUGAUCCAGUAUGGCUUCCGUGCGGUCCGCCUCCCUCCUCCUCCUCCUCCCCAUCACCCUCCUCCUCCUGGUGCGCCACACCUGCUGUAAGGAGUACUUCUUCAACAAGGACCGGGAGUGCCACGUGCAGGUGGAGCGGGUGCAGCCGAAGGUGCAGAACCCGGGUGGGCCGUGCAGCACUGUGCACCGGGUGAAGUGUGGGGAACAGAUCACCCUGGAUAGCAUUCGGGUUGUGGCGUCAGAGAAGCUUGGUUUUGAGGUGGUGGAUGUGCUGGACUGGGACACCAGGUCACCCCUGGAUGAAACCAUCACCAUCAUGGAGGACACCAAGAUCUGGGUGACGGACGCGCCCGUCAGGAGACACACGUACAGCGCUGAAGAUUUCGACUUCAUGCACGACGAUCUGUGAAUGUGCCAUAGAACUGGAUGCCAUUAUCUUCUGUUGUAUCUAAUUUUCUCUAUCGAAAAAGGGCUUUUUAAAAAUGAUUGUUAGGGAUUUCCUAUUUGAUUAUUCUUUUUGAAGGAAAAAAAAUAUCUCACAAAUGAUAGGAUUUGAGAAUCAAGUCAACGUGCUGACUGAUGAUGGAGUGCCAAUGCUGUCAAAGCCACUGUGUUAAAAGGUUUGGGGACCAAAUAUUUAUUGUUUAUGUACAAGGUUCUCUCAAAGUACUUCCAUAACUUAUUAGUAAUGUUAGUAACGUUAGUAGCAUUUGGUGUCAACUGCUUCUAUGUGUUGCAUUUAAUCUACAAUUCACAAUAUUGUUGUAUUAGUGUUGUACAUGAGGUGUUAAAAAUUUAUAGGAUUUUGGACUAGAUAGAAAUUGUCUGUGAGUAGGGUAUACUGUCUUGAUAUUCCAGUUAGAUAUUGCAGCAAGCAGAGUUCAGUGUGGAGUAGUCAUGUUAGGUAUAUUGUAACGUUAAUACAUGUUGUUUAUACACAGCCAUUAAGUGAAAGAAAUGUGCCAAGAAAGGUCAGGUAGAGUAUUGUAGACUGUAGAAAUAGUGUUUUGGAUCCCUAGUGAAGUAUUUACAUGCAUUCUCCUGUGGAGUACUGUAUUCUUCAUGGACUGGUAAAAAGAGACCUCUUGUGAUGUGCCAGGGAAGUGCAGCCAACACUCACUUGUGUCUGAGCAUUCUGGCAUUUUCUUUAUACAUUUGUGGCCAGAGAAAAUAGUACUAUGGUUGUAUAUGUAGCAAGAAAUCACAUGUGCAAUAUAUCUUGUUCAUGUAGCAAAGAAAGGGUACUGUGAGGCAGUACUUUAUCCAAUAUACUUGUAGGUAAAUGUAGGUACAUAUGGCUUUUAUGUAAUGAUCGAUUUUUGUCUGCUUUUCCUUUUGUGUUGUAGCUAUGUUCUGGCUUGCUGGAGUGUUGCAAUAAAAGUUACAAAUAAACCUACAAAUCCCCCCACUGUAACUAACACUUUGUCUUGUUUCCUUUAUAACACAAGUGAUAAUGCACAAGAGUACAGCAAAUGACACAAGUUUAUUGUUACAUGUUGGCUAAUACUACAAUAUUGUGUUACUCUUGUCAAGACCCAAAGAUAAGAGUGAGAAUCAAGACACACUCCAGCCGUCAUUACAAAAAUCAACUCACUAGGGGUAGUGGAAGUACUGCUGCCCCUAAAAGUGCAGACUUGCACAAAUUGGCUUUGGGCAUUUUGGGGGUCUUUGAUGACAAAUUCAAGUUGUGUAGCCAUGGCCCUUAAAAGAAAGUUCCUUAGAGCAAGCUCUGUUUGUACAUCUGCAGCAUAUGAGUGGAUCAACUGUACCUCCAUACCUCUUACUAGAAAGUACAGAAUCGACUUCAUGUAGUGUUACAAAUAUCUUGUUUUUUGCAUUGUAAUUUCUUGAGUACAAAAUCAAUCUUA